AUGCUGAAAGCAUUUAAAAAUAAGAGUGCAAAAAGAUUUCAAUUAUAUAAAAGAAAUAAAAAUGAUGAAUUAACACUCUUUCAACACACAAUAAUUCUUUCUCUUAUCGAAAAUGGAUGUUCUCAAUAUCAAGUUGCUUGGACAAUGGGUGUCUCUGUUUCAACGAUAUCCAAGAUUGUAAAAAAGUUUAGAGAAAAAGGCCAAGUUGAUGAUCUGCCAAGGUCAGAUCGUUAUAAACUUCUUUCACCAGUUGAAGAAAAAAAAAUUUGUGAAAUGAUUGUUCCAGAGCAAUGUGAAACAGCAGUUGACGUGCAUGCUAAGUUUUGUCAGGAAACCAAUAAACAGAUAUCAGUUGAAAUAAUACGAAAUGUCCUUCAGAAUAAUGGAUACACCGUUAAAGUUAAAAGAAGACAUUCUGGUCUUACUAAUAAGCAUAAAAAAGAACGUGAUGUAUUUAAUGAUGCUAAUAUAAUUCUAACAAAACCGUUUGGUGGUGGCAGCAUUAUAGUAUGGGGUUGUAUAACCUCAGAAGGUUGCAAAAUUGAAUUAGUUGAAGAAACUUUAAAUUCAGCAGGAUAUAUUCAAAUUCUCGAAGAUUGCCUAUUAGAUGUGCUUGAUUCAUGUGAUUGUGCUGACAAAAUGAUUUUUCAGCAUGACAAUGCUAGAGUACACACAUCAAUUGCCACAAAAACGUGGCUUGAAGAUAAUAACAUAAGUGUUCUAGAAUGGCCUGCUUAA